ACUACUUGUUAACUAUGUACUGUCUAAAAGUAUUAACGUUGUUCUUAUUAUUCAGCUUUACACUGGGAUGGUAUCCACAGUAUGACCUAGAAAAGGCUGAUGAAUAUUUCGCUGAUUUUAUAAAAAAAUACGAAAGGAAAUAUGAAAGUGCCGAAGAAUUUCGCAUGCGUUUUGAGAUAUUCAAGAGCAAAUUGGAAAAAAUUAUCAAAUGGAACAAAAACAAUAAAUAUACAAAUGUGUGGUAUGCAAUUAACCAAUUUGCCGACCAAGAAGACUUGAAGCCAUUAGAUCUAUCUACAAUUAGAAACACAACGAAAGUUAUUGAAGUGGAGAAGGAAUUUAUUUUAAAUGCCCCGGACGAGAUGGAUUAUCGCAAUCAAAAUUUGGUCACUGAAGUGAAAAAUCAAGGGAACUGCAUGAUUUGCUAUGUUUUUGCCGCUAUAGGAGCUAUUGAAGGCAUGCAUGCCAAAAAGUCCGGUGGCGACCUUCAGUCAUUAUCAGAGCAACAAGUUGUAGAUUGUACUCCAGCAGUGUGUGAAAAGGGUGGAAUGCCCGUGAAAGCAAUCAAUGAUAUGGCUGGUAAAAGUUUAAUGACAGAGGCGGAUUACCCAUACACUGCAAAUAAUGGAGAGUGCCGCGCCGACCCUAGCAAAGGCAAAGUCAAAGUUAACGGAGGGACCGAAAUUAAUACGCCCGACAUUGAAACGCUAAAAGGAGCUCUUUACGGCAAUGGUGCGCCCAUUGUAGUUGCAUUAUUUGCGAGUAAUGGGCUUCGCGCAUGUCACGGUCCGGGAGUGUGUAGCCCAGAUGAUUGUACACCAGAUGCUAAAGUGAAUCACGCCGUUUUGCUGAUAGGGUAUGGCAAAGAUGCAACGAGUGGUAAAUCUUAUUGGCUCUUUAAAAACUCCUGGGGCACCAACACGGGUGACAAUGGCUUCUUCAAGUUGGACAUGAGUUCCCAGUGCGGCUUAGGAUCAGUAGCCACGACUUCUGCUGAUGCAGAUUAA